GAUCGGAUAUAAACAACGUAGCCAAAUUUGAAAGCUGUCGCAGUAGACGCAGAAACUGAAAGGGGCAAUUAUUGACCAUGCUAAACGAACCCCGAAAGGAAAUGGGUGAGACCGGUGCGGAACUUGAUAUUGAAGGUCAGGGUAAAUCUCCGUUCUUCUUACAAGAUGAUUACGACAUGGCGAAUACUAACGUGGUGCGAUCGGAAGGCUAUGCGACCAUGUUCGUUGAUCCAGAUAUUAUAGAAUUUUUUCUCAGAGCUGACUCAAUUAAGGAUAGCGCGGAAGAAGUUAAAACUAGUAUUUCGAAGCGUAUUGAUUAUUUGUUGCAGGUUGUGAAAUCUAAGAUUCAAGGCGAAAAGAAUAUAUCCGUCCAUGAACUUCUGGAUAAGAGGGACGACAUGUAUACUAUGUCAGCGGAAAUACUUGUUAAAUGUGGCUCAUUGCAGAAGUAUGAAGAAAUCAGGAACAUAGUUGUAGAGAAAUUGGGAGGAACUGUCUUCGUCAGCGAACCCAGACAUUAUCAUACGCACAGGUGUUUGCAGGACGCGAGCCUUGUAUUGACAGUGGUUGACACAUUGCUGUUCUGCCAGUCUGGGGCAGUUUCCCUUCUGCUUUGGCGACUUUCUCAUCAUCUCAUGAGGCCUAGGUGCUGGCGUGUCACAGGCGCUUCUGCUGAUCUCCCAUUCCAGCCUCAGAUGAGUCCUGAUUUGGUCUGGCUAAAGGUUCUCAAUGGAUUCACAUAUGGAGGGCACGUGGGACACUAUUUCGGGACCCAACCAUUGUGGAAAGAGACUGAUAUCGAGGAGGAUGCCUAACAGUGUGAACAGGUAUUAUGUUGACCACUCGAACACCUCUUUAUGAAAUUGAAUGGGUGAAUCGGCAAGGUUAAACUGCUGUAGGUAUCUUGAUGAGACCUUGGGACCUCAGUGCGGUUCUUGUGACGUGCUGCGGGCCCAGAUUUCGAAUUGAUGUAUGAUAAUGUUCGACCUCAUAGAGCAUGAGUGGUUGAUGUUUUCUUGGAAACUGAAAAUGUUAUACACAUGGCAUGGCCUGCUUGCUCUCCUGAUUUGAAUCCCACAGAGCAUGUAUGGGAUGCACUAGGGAGACAGGUUGCAUCACAUCAGGAUCCAACAAUCACUCUCCAAAACUUGUGAGCAGCUCUGCAGGAAGAAUGGGUGUUAUUGCC